GGAGUACAGAUGCGUCAUCUGCGAGCGGGUGUACUGCUCCCGUAACUCCCUGAUGACCCAUAUAUAUACCUAUCAUAAGAGCAGACCCGGCGACAUUGACAUUAAGUUCUUUUGAAGGUUUAGAUAAGGUACGGGCAACGGGAUGCAUCCAGCACCGUCGACGCUUCCCUCUGCCAUGUACCGGAUGCCGCCGCCGACGGCGGGCGGCAUAAACGAGCCUCAGGAAUGCCCGUACUGCCGUCGCAACUUUUCUUGCUACUACUCCCUGAAGCGUCAUUUCCAGGACAAGCAUGAGCAAUCGAGCACCAUCUACGUGUGCGAGAUCUGCAACCGCCCAUACCGCACCAAGAACUCGCUCACGACGCACAAGAGCCUGCAGCAUCGCGGCUCGUCGGGCAUGCGGAAGAAGCAGCUGAAGAUCAUCGCGAACGUUCUAGGCAGCAUGCACCAGGCCCACAUGCAGCAGCAUCCGCAAUGAAAAUGUUGGAACCGUCUUACAGUCACCCCGUCCCGGACUCUCCGCAUCGUCGUUCUCAUCGUCAACGUCAUCCUCGGCACCCGCCUGUCUCCGUCAUCCGGUUCUUCGCUGCUCGCCGCCUUCGUCGCCGAUCUACGCUGGCCGAAGCGUCGAUAGACGCGCGAUUAUCCCCGAGCAAACAGCUUCGAGCGCGUGAAUCGAGAUCGGAUCGAUCCCGGAACGCCGUUCGCUAGGUUCUUCUCGUCGUAAACGAUCGAUUGGCUCUCUCCCCACGACCCCCACCCCCUGUUCGAACCGUUCCGCACCGGAAACAAUCGCGCUUCCGCUGGUAGUCGGUCGUUUCGUAGCUCCCUCGAGUCAAGACUGCGAUUAAUCCAAAGAAGAAAGAAGAGAGAAUCGACUGAGACGCGAACCUGGUGGCGCGUUCCCGCGCGGCGUUCGAAAGAAGUCCUCGGGGUUUCAGAGGAACUGUCGAAAAGCCGGAUCUCUGGUUCGAAUUUCUCGCACCGCGACGCGACGCGACGCGGGUUUCUGUUCGUCGCGCGGGAACGCGUCCUCCAUCGUUCGAGAGCAAUUUCGUCAAUCGUUUGAAGGUUCCCGUGACGAGCGUGCGCGCGCGCGCGCGCGCAUAGUCACGCGAGCCGAGAAUACAUUCCACUGCGUCGGCUUUCCGGCUUUCCUCGCCGUUGCCGGCUAAGAGAGGCUCGAGCCGAUUUAACGAGGUCUCGGAACGCGACUAUCGCUUUAAGACGCUCUGCCGGGGGACUGGGUCACAGGGUCACGGCGUCGGAGAACGGUUUCAUGGCCGGACGAGGGUUGUUUCGCGGAUCCUGGGGCGAGUAGCGUUUCACGGGAUCGGAGGAUAGGGCAUUCGAAGUGAUGGAAACACGAUCGUGGUUGCGAUUCUCGCGGGAAUCCGGCGCGCCGCGCGACGCCGUGUUGUCCGCGUGUACUCUGGCAGGAAUUUGAAGGCGGUGAUCCUUCCGUUGUUAGUUCUUUCCAUCGGGAGAGCGGUCUUGCCAUGAUUGUCAACGCUCCGAUCGAUCGUGUCCCGACCACCAGUCCCAGGGAUCAUGUCAAUUCGCGGCGCUGUUAGCGGAUGCAAGCGCGGACGAUAUCUGUUCGAUCGUUGAAUGGGAGGAAGGGUUUCGUAGCGGCAGAGAAAACGCGAAAGGCGCGUGAAACCGAGGGGAGAGAGAGAAAGAGAGAGGGAGAGAGAUGGAAAUCGGGAAAUCUGUGUCAGGAAACAAUCGACGCGUCUCUUAUCCUCGUUAGGGGAUGCCGCGCGGAUCUGGAGGGGUGGCCAACGGAGAAACGGUGGCCCGGUUGUUGAUCGAGCGCGCUAAUUACUGGUAACAUCGAUUAAUCGGAUGACAGGACGUUUCUGUGGCCGUCCCCCCGGCUGCGCACGGUGAACCGGAGAAUCUUAGGCCUAAGUGAAAUUCAAUUACCAAUGUCUCACGAAGAUGUGCUCAAAUUUUGGGAACCGAAAACGGGAAGACGUGACGACGGAGAGGUGGAUGGGGGACGGGACGAGCGGGGGAUGAAUCGAAUCGACGAAAGUAUCUCGGGUUUGGUGGAAUUGUAGGGGUGAUCGCGCGGGGACAACAAGAAAGGGGGAAAGACGAUGAGAACGGGGUGGUGGGAGGAGGAACGUAGAAAAGUGCAAGUAGAAGUUAUAAUGGGCUCUUACACGUGUACAGGUCCGUCGUGCGCGCAAAUUACACAGACUAUAUUUUUAACUCUU